GCGGCGUUCUCGCAUUCUACAACCGUCUCCUGCGCGCUUUGAGCUCGCUUGCAAGCCCGGCACUCGCCUCCUCGUCGCCUUCGGCACUCUCUCCCAGCCGGUCGCCAGAACCAUGAAGGUCGCCAGUGGCAGCGCCGCGGCCGCCGCGGGCCCCAGCUGCGCGCUGAAGGCCGGCAAGGCGGCGGGCGGCGCGGGCGAGGUGGUGCGCUGCCUCUCCGAGCAGAGCGUGGCCAUCUCGCGCUGCGCGGGCGGCGGCGGGACGCGCCUGCCCGCCCUGCUGGACGAGCAGCAGGUGAACGUGUUGCUCUACGACAUGAACGGCUGCUACUCGCGCCUCAAGGAGCUCGUGCCCACCCUGCCCCAGAACCGCAAGGUGAGCAAGGUGGAGAUCCUGCAGCACGUGAUCGACUACAUCAGGGACCUGCAGUUGGAGCUGAACUCCGAGGCUGAGGUCGGAACCCCAGGGGGCCGGGGGCUGCCCGUGCGGGCUCCGCUAAGCACCCUCAACGGCGAGAUCAGCGCCCUGACGGCCGAGGCGGCGUGUGUUCCCGCGGAUGAUCGCAUCUUGUGUCGCUGAAACGCCACCCCCAGGCGCUGGCGGACCCCGGCGCUCCGGGGGGCAGCACGAGUCAGCGCUCCCGGGUACCCCCAGUGUCGCAAGACCCGGGAGAAACCAGACAGAUCUACGGCCCUCGGGCCCCUGCCGAGUCCGGCCCGGGGCCGGGGGCCCGCGGUGGAGGGGCCGACCCUCUCUCCACGCCUACCAGCCACCAGAGACUUUGGGGGGUGGCAUUCCCCCGUGUGUUUCUAUUUUUUGAAAAGCGGACAUUUUAAAAAAUGGUCACGUUUGGUGCUUCUCAGAUUUCUGAGGAAAUUGCUUUGUAUUGUAUAUUACAAUGAUCACCGGCUGAGAAUAUUGUUUUACAAUAGUUCUGUGGGGGGUGUUUUCUUUUUUGUUAUUAAACAAAUACUUUAGAUGGUG